CUGGCCCUUGCUUUGGUUUUUGCAGGCGAACCUUUCAUCAACGGGCAAGCACUUCCUUACGACCCUAAGUACUACGAGGAAUGGAUACGAAACAAUGCUCUAGCAAAUGAGAGAAAUAGGCGCAAUGAUAGACCUCGUAACUUUGAUAGAUCAAGAAAUUUUGACAGGAGGAGGGAAAAUGUGCAGAACCGAGAUUUUCAAAAUAGGCCUCCUAUGCAGAAUCCAGGACCUGCUGUGGCUGGAGCGCCUGAUUUUCAAAACAGGCCACCUAUGUCUAAUCAGACUAUGCAGAAUCCAGGGCCCAAUAUGGCUGGAGGGCCUCCCAACAACAUGGGAAUGCCUCCCCCCAACAACAUGGGAAUACCCCCAAACAACAAUAUGAGUGGAGUCCCUCACAACAGCUUCAGCAAUAUCCCACCUAACAACAAUAUGGGCGGCAAUAACUAUAAUGGGAUGCCACCCAACAUGUCGCCCAACAACUAUAAUGGGAUGCCACCCAACUACAAUGGGAUGCCACCAAACAACAUGGGAGGAGUGCCUCCAAACAACAUGGGAGGAGUGCCACCAAACAUGGGAGGAGGACCCCCAAACAACAUGGGAGGAGGACCCCCUAAUCCAGGAUGGUCUAAUAACAUGCCUAACAGAGAAUACCAGAAUAGCUACCCUCCAAACAUGGGGCCUGGUGGACACCCUUACUCAUCUUGAAAUUUGCCCAGAAGAGAGAUAUGCCCAAGCCCCCAAGCUGAGUCUUGUUGGCAUGCUGUAGAUAAGUAAGAAGGCUUCCGAUGUUGUCUAGGGUUUUGCUAUUAUGUUCAUGGUUUGGAAGAUACUAGAGUAUGUUACUUAAAUGUCGUUUCCUUGGCACGGUGCUGCUUAGAGACCGUGUCUGUUCAAUUGAAUAUUAUUACAAGUUCAAUGUAGAUCUGAUGAGUUACAUCUUGUUUUGAUAACCUGCUCUUUCUAUUUCAUUUGGCAUUGCCUUUGUUUCCUUUGGAUUAUAAGUUACUCAUAUUUUAUAGUGUAUGGGGUCGUGCUAAUUGGUUUUUCAGUC